GUUUUUUGGUUGUUAUUUUCUUUACACCCCAAGACCGAAAGCGAGAAACAGAAGCGAGAACCAAAGAAAGGAUGCCACAGGGUAAAAUGAGAAAACAAAAAUUAAUAACUUACCAAGAAUUAAAGGAGUUUGUAAGUUCCUUGGAUACUUCGAACAUAGAAUUAAAACCCCAAGAAUUAAGUUUAAAUGAAAUUGCGGUAGUUAGCCAUCUAUUAACUUUACAUAGUGAAGGUUUAAUUAACCGAGCCAGAGUAAUUAAAGGCAAAGGCGAUUUAGAUCGAGAAUUAGAGAAGUUUAAAAGUUUUCAACAAGGCGACUUUAAUAAAGGAGUUCAAGAUGGAGAACAUUAUGCGAUUGAAAAUAUUGUUAGACUUCACGUCCAUGAGAAAGCCGAUUUUGGAGUUGCGGGGGCGUUAGACUUCAUUAUUGGAGUUCUCCGCGGAUUAGUUAAAAAUGCCGUUCCUGCCAUGGUUGACUUUGCCAAUACAAUUAUGGAUCAGUUAGAGGAUCGAAUUGUUGACCUAUACAAUAGAGCGGAUGAAGCCGAAAGACAAAAAGAAAAAACGCCGUUAGAAAUGUAUAACGAGUUAAAAGUUGAGCGAGAAAAGGAGCGGAAAGACUUCGCCCAAAAAGAUAAAGAUUACCAAAUACAGUUAAUUAAAAUAGCCAGUAAAGAAACCGAAUACCGCGACGCGGUAGACAACCGCCAACAGACGGGAGAAGGUAAAUUAGUUCAAUUAAUUUACGAUGUUUUAGAUGACCAAAUAAAAGAAACCGAACAUUUACGCAAAAAAGAGGACUUGGACUAUAAAGACUUUAAGAAAGGCAAAGAACUUCAACACUCUUUGAAAUUAAAGGAGUAUGGUAAUUAUGGUGAUAUUUUUAGUGAUGAUUUAAGUAGUUUAGCGUUCGAAAAACCGACUGAAACUAAACAGAUCCUAAAUAUAAAAAUGCGAAACAUCGUAAACCAGGAUUUAGGAGAUGAUAACAAUUACAACGAUGAAAUGGACAACAAAGGAGCGAUAUUAAAAGAGGACAAAGCAUUAUUUAGAAUAGGAAAAGACGCCACCAGCGGAAUUACCCACGCGGAGAUUGUUUGA